UCUAUCAAAAUUUUAGGCAUGCAGUCAGCACUGUGGAUCUUUUGCAGACAAGGUUUCAGGAGCUUUGCCACUAAGACGCAAGGUUUCAGGAGCUUCGCCAGCAAAGUGACCUACCACGCGGAUCCGCCAUGCCAGCCUGUCGACCCUAUGUGUCAUCAUGUUCCAAGCGGGGGAUGCGUGCAGGCCAGGGAGACGAUCAAUCUCAAACUGCCACAUGAGAAGUUAUUGCAGCAAGAACGCGACCAAAAGAAGGAGAGGAAGUGCUGUGUCCUGCGAUCGGCAGCCAAAAAUCCCUGCGUAGGGAUAACACGACCCAAAGCCCCUAAGCCGGAGGAGAAGCCAUUUCGUUCUAUGUGGGAGCCACCUUGCAGGGCGAACGAGCAGCCGUUCUGCAAGGAAAUGCUGCCCCGCUUCGAUGCGAUCUACUACCAUCCCUCGAACAAGUGCCGCUGCUACCAACGCACCUGGGUGGAGUGUUCACCCGUUAAGCAACGGCUCAAGAAGGUUUGCUGCCUGGACGCCAUCGAACCUCCAGAGAUUCUGUACCGGAUCAGGCCGCCCUGCCCAGGAACUUGCCCAAUCAACUAUACGGCUCGCAGGCUUCUCUGUGAGGAUGCAGAAUGGAAGCGGGACCCAACGAGAAAGUGUCCGAAAUUCUUUCACCCCUGUUGCAAGCUGGCUCGCUGCAAUCCUCGUUGCUCCAGAGGCAGAAAGCCCACCCUAUGCACCAAGUUACGAGCUCCAUAUCCUUGUUACUCAGAAAAAGUAAGAGGGAGAAGACCGCUCCGAAAAAGGGAGUGCCUUUGCUUGGAGACCAUCCCGAAAUGUAUAGCUCUUGCGGAAAGACUAAGACGCGAUGGGUUAUACCUUAAGUGAUAAUCCUACCGAUACACGUAGAAGUGCAAUUUGAGGGUCUGGCUUUUAAAACAAAGUAAUAGAUACAAAUAUAUGUUUCUAUUAAUUUGCUUUAGCGGUCAGGUCUCCUAUCUUAAUAAAAACCAUGGAAAUUACUCAAUAAUGCGGCAUACAAAAUUUAAAAUUUAG